AUGACUGAUGACGAGGAGUGGGUGGAAGCAGCCAUGAGUGACGAUAACAUGGUGGUCGAGCUGCUGCUACGGCUCAACCAGUCUUACCCGAGGCCGUCGGCUCCUUUUAAACAGAUGGCUUUGCCGCUUGAGUGGAGCGUGCGUCAACGCAGGUCUAAGCCCGUUGCAGUUGACUCCGCCUUGAAACCGGCUUUCAGAAGCAGCCCUACAACGCCACUGUCAUGCAACGGUGCCACCUCUAUCAGUGGCGGAUGUGUUGGAAGUGCUGGCACAGUUGACGGUAACCCUGAAGAGUCAAGCCGAUCCUCUGACCCGAAACUCUCCAAACCCGCGAGAUCUGAGGUUAAUGGAAAUGGUGAAAAAUCCACAAAAAGGUCAAGAAAGAAGAAGACCUUGGCAGAACUUCAAGUGGAGGAGUACUUGCUUGACAAGGAAAAAGGAGUAUUGAAAAGGAAUAUUGCGGUAUUACUCACAAAUUUGGAGAAACAGAAGGCUACAAAUGAUAGUUUGAAGAGAAUAAAGCUCGAAUUGGCUACUAAAAGAAGAUCUAUGAUUGAACCUGAUAAUGCAAUUCCUUGUCAAUUCCAGCAAAAGUCAGAAGCUCGUCAUCAUAUCCCUCCAAUCUUCCCUCCAUUUGUCCUAGGCAAUGAUGAUUUGCUGCACUGCUGUCCUCCAAACGGGCCUUCUAAGGAGAAGGCAGGUUCUCCAUGUGAAGCUAAGUUUGUACUUCCCGAUCUAAAUCUUACUUUGGAGGAAGAAGCAAGCUUUGAGGUUCUUUGCGGAUAG